UUUUCUGCUAUUGCUGCUUUGAAAGCAGUGGGUCAGAAGAGCUAACCAGGAGGGUAGAAAACAUAUUCUAUUUUUAGGACAAGAUUGGCUUAUCUUCUAUUUAUCCUUGCCAGAGGGAUAACAUUUCCAGAGGCCUCAUGAGUAAAGACUGCGUAAGGGCUGAGUUAAUUUUAACUGCUAGGCAGUUAACGAACAUGGAGUCUGCACGAGAAGCAGAGGAGCUGGGAUCUCAGACGGAAGUUGUUACAGACACCAUUCUUGAGGUUGGAGGAAAACUCUUUCAGGUCAGCCGCAGAGCACUUUCGCUGCACAGUCGUUAUUUUGAAGCCAUGUUUUUUGGGGGCACAAGGGAGAGCUCUGAACACCAUAUAGUGAUCAGAGGAAUUGAUGCAGUGCCUUUCCAGGCACUUCUUGAGUUCACUCGUACAGCCCAAGUGCUUAUAGAUCGAGAAAAUGUCACCAGCUUACUGGAAACAGCUGAUUUUUUUCAGUUUGACAAUGUGAAACUGUUCUGUGAGAAAUUUCUGGAGAGAGAGCUGCAUGUUUCCAACUGUCUGGGCGUGAUGACCUACUCACAGCAAUUUGCCUGUGUAGAGCUGCACACAUCUGCUGUGAAUGUGGCUCUCACUCACUGGGAGGAUGUGAUAUCUCAGGAAGAAUUUAAGGCACUUCCCAAAGAAACACUGAGGCAGCUCCUGCAAAGCGAUGACCUUUUUGUUUCUCGAGAAGAUGUGGUUUUUGACAGUGUUGUGAGGUGGAUAAUGGAGGACCCAGCAACGAGGGAGGAAGACUUCUUGGAUUUGGUGGGAGAAGUCAGAGUCGCUUUUCUGAGUCUGUCCUUCCUUGAUAUCUUGGUGAAACGCAGCAGGUGCCCCGGAGAGAAAGAUGCUUUCUCCAGACUAAUAAAGAAGUUAGACAGCUGUCCUCCACCAAGCUGGCAAAAUGUGAAACUGUCUCCUUGUGCUGGCCGGAGCUAUGACAUCUUGUAUGUUCUGGGAGGAAGACAUGACAAAGAACAGCAAGAAUUAUUCCUAUUUCAACCUAAAACAAGGACCUGGCAAGCUUGCUCUCCCCUGCAGCGCAGAAACCUCACCCAGUAUGCAGUAGCAGCAGUAGGGAAUUUUGUUUUUGUGACAGGAGGAUACUUCCGGGAUGAGUUUGUGUGGUAUAGUGUGGAUUGGGUGCUGAUCUACAAUUGCUUGGACAAUAGCUGGCUGGAAGGGCCUGCCAUGAAGAAGUCUCGCAAUAGUCAUUGUGCAGUAGGAGCAGGACUCUACCUGUAUGUACUUGGAGGGAGCACAGAUGAAGGGGUAAUUCCAGCAGUGGAGCGCCUGGGUUUGAUGGACUCGGAGUGGGAAACCAUGAGUCCUAUGGCUCAACCUGUGGAGAGAGGAGAUGCAGUCAGUGUAGGAAUGAGAAUCUAUGUGGUCUGUGGCCUUGAUGAAAAUGGACAUGUUUAUGGUGGAGUGCAAAGGCUGAACACAGAGACGGACGUCUGGGAUGUCAUCUCGUUUUCCCCGCUUCCCAGGAAAAAUUCUCUAGAAUUCCCAUGAGAUUACUCUCAUGAGAGUGACGUGGAGAAGUGGCCUAGUUAUCUCAGAUGAACUUGGUUGUAAUUGCAAGAGUUAACUCUGUGUUGCCAGAAUCUCCAAGAAACCUUCUUAUCAGCAGUCUGGGAUUCCUGUGGUUAUUGUCACUUCCAGGUAGUGCUGAGGACAUAUACUCCGUACUAACUCAAUACCCACAUGUGCACCCCCACAAAAUGUACUGACAAUAUUGGAAAGAUGCAAAGUAAAAUAACAUUAGGCAGAACUGAAAGCCAAGGUUUGUAUUAUACAAGUUUGCAGUUGUUAGUGAGUUACUGGGGAGAUAAGACAAAGAAUGUAAAACCAGAAAAUUAUAAACCUCCUAAAGUUUAAUUGCAAGGACAAAGAGUGGACUGGAUAAAUCCAAAGUCUUGUCCCACCAAUGCUUCUGUGAUUCUCUGCUUAAAUGGGGCCAUCUUGAUGUGAGGACCACUGUCGCAUUGAAUAUAUCAGGGACAGAUCUUCCUGUUGAUGCUGAU